UUGGGUAGUAUGUAAAACAAGUGGGAAGCGAUAUCGAUGAUUGUAUUGUGCCAAUAGGGAAAGAGCCAAUAGGAGUGUGCUAUGAGUAAAUGGAGAAGGUAGAUGAUAAUGAUGAUGUAGAUGCAGAGUAAGUCCUUAAGGAGGAAAUUGUUAGGGCUGAAGAAAUAAAAAUUCCAUUAAAAGCAAGUGUUUUAACAAAGACCGCAUUAGUGAAGAGCCCAAUAGUGAAGAGUCUAUUAGUAAAGAGUCCAAUCAUGAAGAAUCUUGUGAAGAGCCCAAUAGUGAAAAGUCCAUUAGUGGAGAGUCCAAUCGUAAAGAAUCCUGUAAAGAACCCAAUAGUGAAGAGUCCAAUCGUAAAGAAUCCUAUUGUAAUUAUGAAGAGCCCAAUAGUGAAGAGUCCAUUAGUGAACAGUCCAAUCGUGAAGAAUCCUGUUGUAAUCGUGAAGAGCCCAAUAGUGAAGAGUCCAUUAGUGAAGAUUACAAUCGGGAAGAAUCCUGUUGUAAUCGUGAUGAGCCCAAUAGUGAAGAGUCCAAUCGUGAAGAAUCUUGUGAAGAGCCCGAAAGUGAAGAGUCCAUUAGUAAAGAGUCCAUUAGUGAAGAGUCCAUUAGUGAAGAGUCCAUUAGUGAAAAGUCCAAUCGUGAAGAAUUCUAUUGUAAUCGUGAAGAGUCCAAUAGUGAAGAGUCCAAUCGUGAAGAGUCGAGUUGCACUUGUGAAGAGUCAUCGAGUUAUGAAGAGUCCAUUAGCAAAGCGUCUAGUUGUAGAGAAGAAAAAGGAACAUGGAUUUCAUGCGAGAAGAAAUAGAGAAGACUCCAAAUACAAAUGGUAA